AUGAUCACUACAAAUAAUUCUCUAUCAAUCGUUCCUUCUUCAUCGUUUGGAUUCAAUCACAAUCAUCAAGAAUUGAAUGAAGAUGAUGCAACAAAAAUGUCUUCAUCUACAUCAUUAGAUAUGAUGCGUUUUAAAAAUAAUAAUUUUCCAUCAAUGAUGAUUAUUAAUGAUCAACAAGAUGCAAAUAUUGAUGAAGAUAAAGAUAGUUUUCAUCUCACGUCAGCGGUGAUGAAUGCACAUUCCUCAUCUGUCCAUUAUAAUGAUCAUCGUUCCCGAUAUGUUUAUGCACUCGAUGUCCAUCAAGAAAUAAUUAUUAAAAAUAAUAAUGAUAAUAAAGAACAAGGAACAACGAAAAAUUCUCUAAAUAUUUUAUCAAAUGAUUUGAAUGAAGAUGAACAUUGCCAAGUUUGUGGCGAUCUAGCAUCUGGAUGGCAUUGCGGAGCAAUAACAUGUGAAGCAUGCAAAAAAUUUUUUUUACGUUCAAUUUCAACAUGUGUUGGAAAGAAACAAUAUAAAUGUCCAAGAGAUUUCAGAUGUUCAAUAACAAAACGUUCCCGAACCCAAUGUCAAUAUUGUAGAUUUCAAAAAUGUAUUUCUGCUGGAAUGAAAGCUCAUGAAUCAAUUGGAUCAAAGACAGAAGAUUUAUAUAAAAAAUUACCAUGUCUUAUUUGUAAUGCAUCAGCAUCAGGUAUUCAUUUUGGUACUGUUACAUGUGAAGCUUGUAAAGGUUUUUUUCGUCGAUCAAUAAAAGAAAAUGCUCCUGAACGAUAUCACUGUACUGAAAAUAAUAAUUGUGAAAUAAUUUCAACAUCGAAAAUAACAUGCAGAGCAUGUAGAUUUCGAAAAUGUAUUGAAGCUGGCAUGUCUAUGAACGCAUCUCGUAUUGGUCGACAAUCGAAUCUUUUUAAAGAAAGUAUUCGACAAUUACAAAAUAAAUCAACAACAAUGGCAACUGUGAUAGAUUCAGCUCGUAUUGCAUCAAUGGCUAAAAAACGAAAGACUAAAACUAAAACAGGAAAAAUAUUUGCACCAAAAAAUGAAAUCGAUAUUGAACUUUCACCAACAAUAAAAGAAUUUAUUGAAAAAGCUUAUACUUCUUAUCUUAUCUAUUUAAAAGAUUUACCUCGAUGUAUUCCACGCGAAACAGUCUGGUCAACAAUGGCAUCACAAAUGACUAUUUAUGCUCAAGCACUUAUGAAUUUUUGUCAAAGAACAAUACCGGGUUUCAUAAAUAUGUCUCAGAAAUAUGAAAUCAUAUCAUCAUCUAUUAAUUCUGUUAUUAUGGUCACAUUAUUAUCUGGAAAAACAUUAAUGAAAUCUUCAUAUGAAAAUAUUCAACCAACAUGGAAUUAUUGGCAAGCCGAAUCAACUUUAUCAAUGGAAUUAAAUGCACAUGUUCCACACUUAACACAAGCAGAAUAUUUAUUUCGAUCAUUUGAAUCUACUCUACGAGGUCUUCGUUUAGAUGAAAGAGAGUUUUCUCUUCUUUUAUUAAUGAUUAUUACUCGACAUAACUUAAACUUAAUUAAUGAAGAUAAUAAAUCAUGGUCAAAAUGUCAAUAUGAAUGUGUUGAAGCAUUUUCUGAAUAUACCCAAGCUCAUCGAUUGGAUAUCAAUGGAGAAAUCUCCAGUGAAUUUUAUGAUAUUGUGUUUUUAGUAUCUCAACUUCGUUCAUUAAAUCGUCGAAUAACUCAAUGUUUUAUGAAUCUUCCAUGGCCAUACGUACGAAAUUUACCUUCAUUUUUUUAUCGUAUUUUUGUGCCAAGUUUUGAUAGUUCCUUAUCGGCUGUAAAUUCUACUUUGUAUAAUAAUUAUAUAGAUUUAUGA